GCAACAUUUCAAGCCAACAGGGCACGUUCGAUCGAUGGUUAGAUGUCAAUAAAUUGAAAAAAUAUUUCUUCAUCUAGGUAUAUUUAUGUAUAACAGUUAAAUUUUUAUUAUAAACGAUAUAAUUGAAAAUUUUAUUCUGAAGGAAACGUCAAUUUCGAAGUCAAACUGUUUGAAGCAAGUAUUGAUAUGGUGAAAGUGAAUAUUUAUAAUUUUAUUCUAUGCUAGUGACGAAGCUGUUUGUGGUGCUAGUAACAUAUGUGAAAGGACUCGAUUGUAAAUGUUACGUAAGAGGCGAUAACACAAAAUGUCCUGGAUGAAUCGGGCUCAAAGCGGCGCUCCCCAGGCGCCGCGGCCGGGGCCCGAUCAGACACCAUAUAAUACCAAUCAGGCAUAUGGCGCUCAGCCAAAUAUGUACCCAAACUUUCAAUCUGGACAAAAUACACAACAACAAAGUAUGUGGCCAGUGCAGCAAGAACAACAACAACAACAACCACAAUUUGAUCAGCAAUAUGGACAAGUUUAUUCACAGUCUAGCUAUGGCAACAACUCUAAUGAGUUUUAUCAACAACCACCUCAAUUUAAUCAAAAUUACCCUAACCAAAAUCAUGACAAUGUACAACAGGGAUAUCAGACAAACUUUUACCAAAAUACUUCUACCCAGCAGCAGGUAUUUAAUCAAAAUGUACCUAACAAUGAUACAUGGGAAGACAACUGGGGUUGGGGUUGGGAAGAUGCAUCAAAACAAAGUCAAAAGAAUGUAAGUCAGGUACCUGUACAGCUCACUAAGGAACCAGUGUACAAUCAAAAUGCUAAUAUUAUUGAAGAAAGUUUUUCUGGCAAUGACAACUGGAAUUGGAGCAUGGAAAACAAACCAAAAGAACCUUCCUUAAAAUGUGAAGAAAAAUGUAGUACACCUGAUACAAACCAAAUUAAUGCAAAUGCACUGCCUUACAGCCAGGCAAAUAUUAACACUACAGCUUCCUUAAAUUCAGAACAAGUGAAAACAUUAAAUGAUAGGGAUGUUGUUAAGGAACAAAUGCCUAGCUUGAUGAUGGGAAAGCGAUUCAAUCUUGAAAACCUAACACCUCAAUGGUCUAUUGAGUCGCAAAUGUCCCAAGAUUCUAGUGAUGGUCCUUUAACACACUCGGAAGGCACUCACAGUACCCAUAGAAGUGAAAAUCAGUCCAGAAAUUCUAACAAAAGCAGCCCAGGCCCCAGUAUUGACUCCACAACUUUUAAUUUUUCACAGACUGUUCAUGAAAUGUCUGAUCAAGUAAAUGAACUUACAAGGUCCAUAGAAGACUCAGUUUCCAAGAGUCAUAAUAUGCAUAAUGCAAAUAUAUUAGAAAAUUCUAAUGAUUUAUCACAAUCUAUGAGUGAAAUGCAUAUAAAUAAAAUAGAGCAAUCUGAAGCUGUAAAUGAAGAAGGAUUUAAUCCUGAACAACUGGAAAACAGAGUGACAGUAACUAAUAUGUAUGGUUCAAAUGUGAACCAGAGACCAUCACCGCUUCCAUCUCCAGCAACUAAUCUCCAACAGUCUUCUUUGCAAUCUAACCCAAGCAUGCACCCUAGACAUUCACCAAUGCCUCCUGCUCCCCCUGUCACUGGGUCUAGUCAACAAAAUUUAAAUUUGCCUCCUCGAAACCCUAUAAACACUAUAGCAGUAACUAACAAUGUUGUGCCUACUCAAACAUCUCAUCCGGCAACAGGUUGUUUGCCACCACCACCAAACUUUUCAUCAUCUUCAUCAAAUCCUUUCAAGCAUGCUGGACCAUUUUCACACAAGACAAUUGGAGUGACACAACAUAAUUCUUUUUCAAUGCCACAGGCUAUAUCUUCUUCUAAUUUGGUAUCCCCUGCAGCCGUAAGUAAAUUAACACAGGGCAGAAUGCCAGAUGGUUUUGGAGCAAACUUGGAAACCACACCAGACAACUCGGAAAGACCUGACCAAUUACCUCCCUCAACAUAUAGAUCAUCUAUCACACAAAAUAUGCCUGACAAUUUAGAGGUGGCACCACAGAAUGAUAGAAAUGAAUAUUUACAAACGGCUCAUUUAUCUGGAAAUGAUUUUGGGGAAAACACUGACUUCAGUCGACCCCCACCUCCUGGAUCUCGAAGAAUGGGGGUAGGACAACAAGAUUCAGAAUAUAAUCAAGACUUAAACAUCUCGGGUGAAGAACCACCUCCUGGUCUUGCACGUAUGGUCCCUGGCCAGCAAACAGAGUCAGAUAAUACUUAUAAUCAGGCUAGUGAGGUUUAUAUGGAUAGGCACAUAGAUGGUCAACCCACAGAUAGCAUAAAUAGGCCGUAUCGAAGGGCUGAUGGACAACAGACUCCAGAUGAAUAUCUACAAACUUCACAGAAUAGAGGAAGUGACAGAAGACUAGUUGGUUUGGAUAGAAUGGUGCCUGGAGAGCCAAGUAAUGAUGACUAUUCACAAUUUCAGAACACUAACUAUAGCGGAACUAAUGAACAACGUGUUGUCACGGGUGUUGACAAUAACUUCCCUAUAACAACUGAAGUUGGUUUAUCAGAAGUUCGCGAACAGAAUGUGGAUGGCUCAGACUACACUGAACAGAAUUUGACUAGUACUUCUCGUAAUGUAAUAGGUGCACGCGAAACAAGCAAUGUUACCACUCCCGAGUACAAUCUAUCUGUGGAGGAUCAGCAGAGGGAAAUAACAAUGGAAGGAGAGAACUUACAAGAUCUUAGUAUGGUGUCCUCUGCUGAUUUAUCUUUCCGGGAGCAUACCUUUGACACUUCUAACAAUAAUAUUGUCUCUAACAUGGAAGGUAAUGAUGCUGCCCUUGAAUAUAUAGGAAACAUUUCCCGAAAACAAUCCCUUAACCGGUCCACUGGUGACUCUGGUGAAUCUGAAGGCGACAGAGGUUACAAAGCUUCCCCGCGAAAAGAUCGUGAAAAGAACAAAGCAUCAAGAGAUCGUGACAAAGAUUUAAAGUACCCUAGAGAUGAUCGAAAAUACGAACGAGACUCUGAACGACGGCCUCAUCCCGAAGACAGACGCACGGAAAGGGACCGAAGAGACAAGGAAAAGGAUAAAGAACGAGCCCGGAGGGACAGAGAUGAUAGCCCUGAGACCCGAAGGCACCGUCGUAGCGUUCGUAGUCGACGUUACGAGACAGAAGAUACUGACUAUUAUAGUGACAAGGAGAAAGAUCGCAGGCGCUACCGUGAAGGUUCAUAUUCAUCAAAACUGCCUCGUCCUGAAGAUAAGGAUAGGCGAUAUGACGAUCGGCGACGCUACAAUACAAUAGAGCGAGAGCGCCGACACGACGAGGAGCGCGAAAGACGGCGGCCAAAGGAUCGCUACGAACGCCGCUACAGGGAAAUUGACCCUACGCGCCGCCACCCGCGACGCCCAGAUGAAGAUAGAAGAAGAGUUGUGACAUUUUCGAGCGAUGCUAAAUCGGAGUCAAGUAAAGCAGGAGAUACGUACUCGUCAGGUUCUCGUGCCGGGUCACGCGAAGCCACUGCAACAGAUGAAGAUCCAGACGAGCCCAGGAGAAGGCACCGCGACGAGCGAAGGCGGCAUAGGACCAGACCGGAUCCACCAUAUGACGAGUACGCGAUGAGCGGUUACGGCGGUGACGCGUACGCAGCGCAGUAUGAAUACUACGAACGCUUGCGACGCGCAGACCCCGCCGCGUACAUGCGACUGUAUCAUCAGAUUAUGGCUGGACAUCUACAACAACAUCGCUAUCCUGGUUAUGAGUUGCGGGGAGAAGAGCGUGGUAGCGUUCACUCGGGUCGGUCCAGUGCGAACGGACUGAAGGGACCCGAUGCGUACUACGGGGGUCUGCUGCGAGCGCCGCCAACAUUCCGCACCGAUGGUUCCGACAGGGAGGUGACGACAGACGCGUCCCUUAACCUGCAAUUGGAAGAGUCAACGGUACGCUCCGAACGAAUGACGCCCUUCAAAUACUCCACAGCUCAUAUCAAGGGGACUCUAUCGGCUGGUACUCUCGUCGUAGUACGUGCGGCGUGGCCGGCAGAUGGGCGCCCAGCACCGGUGCGACUAUUACCGCUCACAGCUUUACUGGCAGCUGACCCCAUGGCCCAAGAAUUAGCUGCUCUGCCCGGACCACUCGUUAGAGGCGUGACUCACAAGAAGACCGUGAUAGAGUAUUGCAUGACCCGGGUGCGAGAUGCCCCUCGCUGUGAGGCGGCGCGUCGUGACGUCACAGGGUACACACUUGUUUGGGAACUGCUCGCUCUACUAUUGAGACAGAAUGGGGUGGUAAUGGGAUCGGACGUAGCAGAACUGUUGAUGAAUAACGCUAAGGAGUAUGAGUACCGAGUGCCCUCACUUACACCUCCCUCAGGGUCCCGCGUGGCGUCUUCAGCAAGUCUUAAUUGUGAAGAAGAAGCGGCUGAUGUCCAAAUAACACCACCGCUGCCGACCCCAGCUGAAACAGAGGUGGUGGUGGACGAAAAAGAAGCAACAGAAAAGCUUAGAGAGCUACUCAUCUAUGGCAGUCAGCAGGAAGCACUUGAAUGGGCGAUGAAUAACGGGCUGUGGGCGCACGCCCUGACGUUAGCAGCGGGAUGCGAACGCCGAACACGUGGUGCCGUAUCUGCGCGAUUUGUGGGAGCCCUAUCCACCACCGACCCCUUGCAUACACUAUACGCUGCGAGGGCACAGCGCACGCCGCCUGCUGCCACUUGCGUGGGUGACGUGCGAUGGGGUGACUGGCGGCCUCACGUGGCCAUUUUGUUGGCUAAUCCCUCAACUAAGCAGGAACAAGACCAACGGACCGUCACCCAGUUUGGCGAUUCACUAGCGGCUCGUGGACUUUUAUACUCAGCUCAGUUCUGCUACUUAACCGCGGGGAUGCCUUUCGCCCCUCACCCAUUGGCGCCUUAUGCGACGCCCACGCCGGCCACGCCCAUUGCGCCACGCCUCUCGCUGCUAUUGGCUGAUGGAAAAGCCAACAACCUGUCACACUUCGCUACUAACCAGGCGAUAUUUGCAACCGAAAUUUACGAGUACGCAGUGUCGCUCAGUCAGGAUUAUAUCAUUGAUAAUUUGCAGGUAUACAAGUUUGUGAUGGCCACCCGGCUAGCGGAGUGUGGGUUUUUGGAACGAGCCCUAAGAUAUACGGAGGCAGUUGGUCGAUCUGCCCUCGCGAGACCACAGUCCCAGCCGCCGGCACUUCUUAAUGCUGUUACGCACCUUGCAGACAGGCUUAAGUAUCACGACCCAGCCGAAGCAGCAGGCGAAGAAGUGGCUGAUGCUGGGGAAGGAAGUGGUGAGGGUAGCGGGGAGCCUUCCCCCCGACAUAACCACUGGAUACAGGACGUCAAGGAUAUGGCGCAGGCUGCUGUCAUAGCUUCGGCGGAAACAUCUCAACAGAACACGCCGCAGCAUCAGCCAAUAGCAGACCCUUAUUCGCAACAGAACUGGGCUGAUCAGACAAUCCAACCUCAGAAUUAUCCUGAAGUUCAGCAACAGGAUCCCCAACCAGAUUGUCCGCCUCCUGCUCAGUAUUAUCAGCCUCCCGCUACCGCUACCAAUUCCGCUCCCGCUCCCGCGCCCAAUGAAAAUGAGUACGCGUAUACGGCCACAGAUGACUUUACGUACGGCGGCAACGAAACAGAUUAUACUUAUGGCGGCGAAUGGACAAGAGAUGAUCCGUAUUGGCAGGGCGAUUCUCAGUACCAAUAUGGAGAGCAGGAUCAAAAUGGUGUAACAGAUCAGCCCGCGCCAACUAUAACAAUGCCAGGUGCUUCCCGUCCCGUCCCUUUCAACAACUACGAUAAUGAUCGUCCACCCAGUGCAGAUCAAGCAGACCGAGAGACUGACACUCCAAAGCCAGCGAAACCGGAAAACAAGGGGGACAAAGAGGAAAAUAAGGGGGAUAAUAAAAAAGGGGGCUGGCUUGGGGGGAUCCUAACCAAGUUAUCUCUUCGUGGCCCCAAUCAGAUGAUCCUGCCUGACGAUAAAAAUCCCACAAUCGUGUGGGACGCGGCGACUAAGCGUUGGGUGAAUCGCGACUCUCCUGACGACGAGCCAAGCGCGCCGCCGCCACCGCCCCGUAUGGGGCCGACACAGCCGGUUACAUCGACGCCACUUCAGUCUCCUGGGGGUAUUGCACCUGGAGUCUCGGCUUUAGCUCCUGGAAUUCCCAGCGCUGCGGGAGGCAACCUACUACGGAUGCAGAGGGGCAGAAACAUAAAGAAGUCAUACGUGGAUGUGUUUAAUCCAGCGGGUGCUCCGCCGCCUGCCGCUUUGCCCCCUCCGGAUCUGCCCCCUGCCCCACCUGCGGCACCCCCUCAGUACUUCGUCCCUGCCCCCCUACAGCAGGAUGCGAAGGUCCCAAAUGGUCACUGAUAUGAGCGGAAUUUAUGAUCCAAACUCAAUGGAACCCGAGCGUAGCGCCAUCUAGCAGUACUAGACAUAUCUUUUCAUUUACAACUGUAUUUCAUUUAUAUCCCUUGCUCGUUCAACUUCAAACUUUCAUAGAAUCAGUUGAUAUUUGUGAAAUACAGUGUAAAAACUAAUGUUUGUAGAUAAAGCGAUUCAUUAUUUAUUUAUUUUCAAAUGUCAGACAUUUCUUAGUUAGGUUCGUGAGUUUCAAAUCUGAACAUUCCUGUAUUCUAUUGAUUUAAAAAGACAUUUCUAAUGUAUUCUUUCACAAGUAAUUGAAAUAUUACGCCUAGACUUCAGGAUAGUAAUAUGACAAGACUCUAUUUUUAUAUAAGAUUCUUCUUAUUGUACUGGUUAGUGAUGGUGCCGCGUUGGGUGGAGAAACUUGUCAACUAAGGAGUUUAGUUGUGACACAGUAACGAUACACUGCGAACGUCACGAUAUAUUGCUCACAGUGAGAUCUAACGAGAUAAAAUGAUUUGUUCUUUCUAAUUCUGCAUUAGCCACGCACUACUAUCUAGGUAUGACUUAUGAGAUGUGAACAUCUCGCGAAUAUUCCUUUGUUUCUCCAUCUGUAUAGGUUUUGGUUUUUAAAUCCUAUCAUCAAAUCGUUGUAUAGUAUUCUUUCUGUAUGCAGUAGACCUCUGCAAUCUUUACUUUUCUCGUUAGAUAUUUUAGGUUUAAUUUGUAAUCGUAGUUUGAACUUGUGAUUUGUGGAAUAUCUAGUAUUAUUAUUCGACAUUUAUUUUCAAUUAUAUUUUAAAUUGUCUUUCUUCAGUUUUGUUAUGGUAUAAUUUAAAUGGGAAUAAAAUUGAAAUUGGGCAAUAAUUAUGUAUUAUAUUAGUAAGUGGUGCAAUAGGUUCUAUCUUACUCCGUCGCUAUUGUAAUGAAAUAAUUCGGAAAUGUACAGUCUCCAUUUGUAAAGAGCCUUCGUACUGGUCAUAUGACUAGUAACUAGCGACUGUAAUGUAUAGAAUAUUAUAUCUGUAUAUUAUGAUGCGUCAACUCGCUAUGUAUUCCGAUUUGAGAAAUGUAUAUUAAUUCAAUAUUUAAAUAAAUUGUUUAUGUUAAUGCUU